UGAAUCUUGCGGAGCCGAGGCGUCGCGGCUGCCGCAGCCGGGGUUUGGCGGGUUACGCGCGCUCCCGCGCUCCAGCGGGGAAGGGAGCCGAGUUCUGAGGAUGGAGACCCCUCCGUAGGACUCUGGGAUGCCAGAAUCCCUCCCCUCCCUGUUCCCGCCUGGGUCCGGACGAGGGUCGGAGGGCGCUAGGCGGCGAAGCGGCGUUUGCCAGGUGCUCAGCAUUCACUACGACUGCCCCCAGCGUGGCCCAAAUGUGCUUCCUGGACCAGGCGGAAUCUUACCAAGCAGAUCGUCUCAGGGGGCUGUUUGCAAAAAUUAGCUACCAUUUCCGAGGCCCCUACGGUGAGAAAGGCGCUUUACAUAAAAUAUCUUUAAACCAGUCAGGCAUUUUUGUCCCCAUUCGACAGAGGGAAAAACUGAAAUCCCAAGAGCUUAGGCGCCUGGGCUGUUUCCCUCUUCGGCGUUGGAAUCAGAAAUCACAGAGCCCGAAAAGCGGACGGCCGGUCGGUUUCCCGGGAUCCUCGGUGGGGAGGUUUCCUAGAGGCUCACGCGGCCGGGGCCCGGGAGGCUGCGGACGCCAAGUUUCCCUGGCCGCUGGCUCGCUGGACUCCUGUGCAGUCGUUGCCGCGUCGCAGGCACCGCCGCAGGAAAAUCCCCCGGUCUCUGCGCCAGCGGGGCAGGCACCGCGUUCCGCACAUAGGCCCUCCAACUACCUACUCUUUUGGAAAUCAGAUCUUUCCAUCCUCUUUCACUGUGUGCCCCUGAUGGAUGUAUCACUCCCUCUCUCCUCUAGAGGCUGGAAUCUGUUCUGGCUAGUGCCCUGGAAGGAACUUUGGAUUUGGCGGAAGAAGAAAGUCAUUCUCCGCUUUGAGAAGGAGCACUGCAGGAUCUCAGCAUAGCCAUCAUGGUUGCUGCCUCUCUGAGAAACCUGGAGGACGAGGUGCUGUGCUCUGUCUGUCUUGACUAUUUGAAAGACCCCGUUACCAUUGACUGAGGUCAUGUUUUCUGCUACCACUGCGUCCUUAAGGUCUGUGAAUCUGCUGGGUAGCCAUUAUGUUGUUCUCUCUGCAAGACAGCCUUUAAGAAAGAGAAUAUCCGCCAUGUGUGGCAGAUGGCCAGCCUAGUGGAGAACAUCUGGAGGAUGAAAGUAGAUGAGGAGAGACAAUCCAGUGAGGAAACACCACUUGAGCAAAGAGCAGAGAAGCUGUGCGGGCAACAUUCGGAGAAGCUCCAUUACUACUGCAAGGAUGACCAACAGAUACUGUGUGUUGUGUGUCGGGAGUCCUGAGAGCACAGGCACCAUGCUGCUGUUCUUCUGGAGAAGGCUGCACAGCCUUAUUGGGUAAGAAUCUUGCUGGACCCCAGUUCUUUUUUUGUAGCCAAAAAUGUCCUAUGGUACCUUCAGGAUAAGGUCCUUUUUUUUUUUUUAGUAAACACUUUAUUGAGGUAUG